AUGUUUCCGAGAAUUCUGGAAUUUCCUAAACCACAAUAUGUAGAAGGAGGUGCUCCUGAGUGGGCUCCUUUGCUCAGCUUUGUGGUUGUUUAUGAGGUUCUUUUCGAGCUCUACUAUUUGUACAGGAGAGCCAAGUGUUCUUACGAAGUGCAGCGGGGUAUGAGAGGAGUAUCAGGUACUGCAGCUGCGAAACCUCUGCUCGGGCAUGCGUUUGGUUCACACACGGCCGGGUUAAGGAAACACAUUUCAACGAUCGAGGGCAGAGCUCUCAGGAAGCCGCAGGAAGGGUGCGCUUCCAGGAGGGUGUGCGGCGCGCGGGGGUCUGCACGCGCGCAGAGCUUGUUAACGGAGGGCGUGCCGGAGGCGUGGCGCGAGGUGUCCGGGCGAGGCGCUCCGCGAGGCGGGCGGCGGUGGGCGGGCGGCGGGGAAGCGCGGCCGGGGAAAGGCAGCGCUGCGCUGCGAGCGGCUCCCAGCUCCCGCUCUCCCAGCCGCCUAGCCCGAGCCGCCGUGGGCGGGGCCUGCGGUGAUUGGCGGGCGGGCGGGGAGGUCGGAAGUACUUUGUUUUUUAUGCUAAUGAGGGAGUGGGGCUUGUCCGUAUUUACGUUGAGGCGGGAGCCGCCGCCCUUCAUUCACCCACAUGGCCCUUCGAGGUGCUGCCGUCGCCGCCCGACCUGCGCCUUCGCGCCACUUCGCGCCCUCGGGCGAGGCCGAGGGGGUGGGGACGACCCCCGCCGCGUAGCCACGGCUCGCGCUCCUCGCGAAGCCCCUUCGCGGGGCGGGCCGGCCGGCCGGCCGCACCCCCGGCCUGGGGCCUCCGGUCGUAGUAAAGCGGAGGCGGGUGGGGAGGCGGGAGCGAGAGCCCGCGGCGGGCGAGGCGAAGAUGGUGGCGGCUACUCCUCCUGUCAGCACGUGGACCUAACUGCACCAAAAGCUUUUCUAAGGAUACUUGCUGAGAAGAAAGUUUUCCCUAGUGGGCAGACCUGUCUAAGCAGAACAAGCCACACUUGGGUUUUCCCCUGUAGCUUGAAGAACCCUACAGAAUGAUUCCUGACAAAAUGCAACCUGCAAUUGCCUGGAGAACGAUUCAGUGUUACGUUCAAGUUAAUUAUGUAUUUUAUGAAAUAUUGUUCUGUUAGUAAUUGACAACCAAGGUUGUCUAUCAUUAGAAAAUUAGCCUCUUAGCUAAGUAGUAAAGGUAAGGAGAGCAUAAGUAUACAAGGCCAGUAUUUGGUGUCCAACUAAAAAUAAGAUUAUCAUGUCUACUUGAGUCUUGGCAGGUUAUUCUUUGCCUUAGAGGUGGUUUAGCUUACACUAUUUAUUUAAAAGUCUGAAUUAAUGUAGCUUUCUGUUGAUAAGUUCAGUUCCUGAUGUAAUAGUUCUCAUGAGUUUUAAAGGAUAACUAAGAUGGAUGUAUCCCAUGAUUUUAAGACCACAGGAAAAUUGUUUUUUUUUUUUUAAAAAAAGGCUUAGUUUUCUUUUUCCAGUAAAUUAAACAGGCACAGCAUUCAGACAGGCCUACUUAUAUGUAUUUGCAAUUUAGUCAUGCUGUUUGAGUUGUUUUGGUGCAUUUAAUGUAAAUAAAAUUAUAUAUUUUAAGACUGUUUGUUAAGAAAUUGUCCAGA